GGCUCGCGCCCCGCCGGCGCCCGAGGCCAGCUUCGCUCUCAAGAUAGCCGAAGGAAGAUGGCUUCGGUUCUGACGUCGCCCAGCCGGUGAAUAGGACGCCGCCCUAUCAUACGUUUCCCUAGGUUCUUAGUCCCUCCCACUCUCCCGCCCUCACGGGCGGAGCAGGCGCACUUGAGGGCAGGAGGGGAACGGUCACCCGGCUCUUUUCGUCCCCUCCCCCUCCGCCUCAGUCCUUUCUCAGAUCCGUCAGUCAGGCUGGGCGGGCGGCUCGGAAGGGCGUCGCGAGGCGCGGGGGGCGUCUGAAGGAAACCGAGGCUGCCGAGAGGCAACCCCCCCCCACGCCUCCAUCUUCCUCCUCCUCCGGCCGCAGCGAUGAAGAUCUGGACCUCUGAGCACACCUUCGAGUGAGUAGCGGGUGGCAAGAUGCCGGGUUAAAGCGGGGAGGGGUCGGGCGCAGCGGGAACUCGACCUCUGAGGGGGCACCCGAGGAGCAUCUCCUUUGGGGCAAGGCGCGGGCGGCUUUGACUUCACUUAGGGGGUGGAGAGGGGCAGGGGCGCGCUGACCUUUAAGGGGUUCCCCCUCCACCCCCUAAUUAUCCCACACGCACCCCCGAAACAGCUGCCUUGGGGAAGAGGGCGUCUGAUCAUCUUUUGGGGGGUUAAGGUUCGUACUACUCCACAGAAGUGCAUGCGCUUCUUCUCCCUCUCUUGCCCCCAUUUCCCCAGCGAAUUGAUUGUCCCCAGCUCUGUUUUGUUCACCUAUGGAAACCUUUCAAAUGAGGCAUAAAGAAGAAGAAGGGGGGGAUCUAUUGUCGGUAUUCAGGGGCUGCUGACAACCUUUUCCAUUGCCAAGGUUGGCUUGAGGGUAUAGUAGCAGCAGCACCCAUCUCGACCUUCUUGUCUUUCUCUUCUCUCCACCCCCCAAAAAAAAUCUCUUAGGGAAUUUUUUUUAUUUUUAAAAAAGCUGCAACGAUGUGGGUUUUAAGAGGAAGAAUUGAAUGCAGAAGAAAAGUGGACUCCUUCUUGUUUUUCACAGGUACUCCGCUGGAUGCUUAAUUCAGUGAAGAAGCAUUACAUCAUAUUUUGCAGUGCAUAGUUGGUAUAUUUCUUCCCAUGUGGCUGCGGCUAAGCAACUGUCCUGAGGAUUAGUGCAAUUUUCUUGUCCACAUUUUCUAUGCUGAUGGUAGCCUGCCACCUUCUUGGGUCUGCCGUGGCCAAAUCCUCUUCUGCAGUGUUCUUAGGGUUUCUUCCGCUCCUUGGUGUAAGGAAAUGCAGGCUGGAAAAUGGGUGCUGAAGAACUGCAUCAGGCGCCUCCCCCGCUCUGCAAGCAGUGAAAGGCCUUCCUUUCAUUCUGUGCAGGCAGCACGAGUUUAGCCAUGCUCUGUUCCAGCAGUUGCUGUUUGAAAAACAUGUUUUUCACCGACUGCUGCAGUUGCUAGGUUUGGCCAUGUGUUGGUUUUAUUGAGUUUUCUUUUGCUCAUUAUAAAAGUCCAAGGAUCCAAGCAGCAUUUGGGGUUGAAAUGUAUUCAGGGCUCUGUCUUGGUUCUCCCAGAAUUUGAAUGUAUAUGAUUUUGGAGUUGUAUCUUAGGCUUUGUAGUGCUCUUCUUUCUUUUGUGACCAACCUGAUCUUUAAGCUGCUUUUGAGACUCUUCAUUUUUGCUUAUUUUUUAUUAUGCUUUUUGCACGGUUUACAUUAUAUAGUACUUGAAAGAGAAUUCCUUGAGAAUUCAAUGACAAUAGUAUGUGGUGAAUUGGUUGGCUCAGGUUCUUAGCUAAAUCUGAGACUAUCUGCAGAGCUUAUUCCUAUGUAACUAACUGAAAAGUGCUUAUCUUCGUUUUUGUUUUUAUUUGACAGCCACCCUUGGGAGACAGUUACUACAGCUGCUAUGCAGAAAUAUCCAAAUCCCAUGAAUCCCAGUGUGGUUGGAGUAGAUGUUCUGGACCGGCAUGUAGAUCCCAAUGGAAAGUUACAUAGCCACAGGUUGCUCAGUACCGAAUGGGGGAUGCCAUCAAUUGUAAAAUCAGUACGUGUCCAUUCAGGAUGCAGGACAAAUAUCUGACUUACUUUGAAAUUACAUGCAUUUGACCUUGGUUUUUAUAAAAUACAGUGUAAUGACCUUCUCUGAAAGUGGUAUUUGGGGAUCAGGUUAGCUUUGCAUUUCACACUUUCACAAUACAUUAUUUGGAUUUUCCUGAACUGUUCAGGGUGCAAAUUAGUAAUUUCUGUUGGGUUUAUUUACACCAUAAUUACAUUGUAUUUAGACCUGGAAGGAACUGGUGGCUUUGUUGAAAGGUGCUGUCCAUUCAUUUAGCAUUUUAUAAUAGCAGCUGAAGCAUUUGAUAAAUCUGUGUGUAUAUUUAAUGAAUUAAUAAAGCGAGAGUCCAUCAAUCCACUAGCACUCCAAACUGCUGCCUCCUACAGAAGUCAGAACCUCUUUGUGUCAUCCACUCCAGCAUGUUCUAGUCAGCAUAUUUCAGGAAGCACUUAUCCACUUCAUUUGCAUUGAUUGAUAGACUGAGUGUUCCCACUUAAUUAAAAUAAAUAAAUUCAGCUGGUUAAAUCCUUUUAAUAUCUGAGUUGGUGGGGGGCGUUUAAGUGAAUGGCUCUGUUCGGAUGUAACAGAAAGCCCAUAGUUUCCUGUUAUGAGAAAAGGACUGCAUGAGCCUUAGGCUUUUUCAGCUAGUCACGAAUAAGGAAAGGGAAGAAGUGGAGAAGACCUUUACAAUUACAAUAAUGUUCAGGUAAAGGCGAAAAACAACACAAGGAGCAGAAAUUAGAUCGUGAUUCAGGCACAUGAAAUGGAACAAGCCAUGUGCACUAAACUGGCAACUACUGAAUAUACAUCUCAAGAUCUAACUAGAUAUCUUUAAUUUUUGUCCUGUCUUGUACUCAUGUUGGUAAUGAAAAUAGUUCUGAAAUAUAUAAUGCCUGAUGUUUCUCUCCUAGCUUAUUGGUGCUUGUAGAACAAGGACAUAUGUACAAGAACACUCCAUAGUUGACCCAGUAGAGAAAGUACUGGAGCUCAAUUCUACUAAUGUAAGUAUUAAUAAAACUGUAAUCUUUACACUUUAGUUCAUGCAUGCAAAAAUUUAUGGGAAGUUUUUUGUAGACUUUUAUUUGAACAUAUAAAACGUACUUAGAUCUUUUGUGGAGCUGUUCUGACAUUUCUUGUUCAUAAACUGAAUGAACAAGGAAGACACUACUUAGUGCUACACACAAAUGUGACUUUUCCCUCAGAUGUUUUUGUGCCAUGUUAUACUGACUUGUACUUAUUUUGUGGACUGUCAAUAUGACAGUCUUUUGUGACUCUGGCAACAUUUAGCAUCAGGGAUUUGUUUCCAGAUCCUACUGCAUUAUAUGUGAGUUAGGGGGAAUGUAGUAAUGUCUACCUUAGAGAAGACUGUUGUAAUAUCGUGAAAAUACUGUGCCCCAGUUGUAGUGGCUUCAGAUGCCAUAAGUGCACAGCCCUUUACAUAUCUUACUGAAUUUUAUAACAGGAAGAUUUGCUAUAUAAAUUAAUUUUUUUUCUAGAAUUUGUUUGAAUUUGAAUAUUCAAGUUAAGUAUAUAUUAGAGAAAGACAAAAAGUUAAGAUUUGAAAAAGAAAUAUCAAAAUUCGAUAAAUAUUUAAUACAAGAAAAAUCAAAAAAUAUAUCUAAACUGUAUAAUCUGAUCUUAGAGUGGGAAACAAAGGAUGAAUUGGUUAAAGCAUCCAUGAUUAAAUGGGUGCAAGAUAUUGGGAAAAAUAUUCUGUUUGAACAAUGGGAAAAAUUGUGGAAAGAAGAUACGAAAUUCACUAUGUGUUAUAUAUUGAAAGAAAAUUACCUUAAAAUACAACAUAGAUGGUAUUUAACACUGGAAAGAAUAGCAAAAAUGAAUAAAAAUUGUAGUGAUGUAUGCUGGCGAUGCAACACUGGAAAAGGUACUAUGAUACAUAUAUGGUGGAAUUGUUUAAACAUCAAACAAUUUUGGGAAACAAUAUAUAACGAAAUGGAAAAAAAUGUUUAGAUAUACAUUUAGGAAAACACCAGAAGGAUUUCUAUUGGGAAUAGUACCAGAAAGUCUAAAGGAAGAAGACAAGACAUUAUAUUUGUACGCAACAGUAGCCGCAAGGCUAUUGAUUGCAAAAAAUUGGAAAAGUGGUAUUAUACCGACAAAAAUAGAGUGGCUUGCCAAAUUAUUGGAGUACUACAAUAUAUCCAAAACAAUGGGAGAAAUUGGAAGGAUCUCAAAAGAGAAGAUAGACAGGGAUUGGAAGGUGUUUAAAGGAUACUUGCAAAACCAUAUUGAAAAAUCAGAACUAUUAGAAUAAACAAGUUCCGUUUUAAAUACUGAAAAACUAAAUAAGAUGGAUAACAAUGUGUAAUAGAAAAAGAAGCUUGAAAUUAAGUUAAAGGUGUGUGAAAGAAAGAAAUAGAAGUGGGAAGAAAUUGCAAUUGAGUAGAUUGGAUGUCUAACACAAAGGUGGGGUGAGGGGUGGUGGAUGGUGAUGGGAAAAGGAAUUAUCUGUGGGACUGAAUGUAGGUAUGUUUGUAUAUAUUUAAGGAUUGUAUGAAAUGUAUGUUGGUAUGCUUGUAUAUUCGCAAUAUGUGUGUAUUAAUGCUGAAUUAUUUUAACAAUAAAAACUUUAAAAAAUUCUAGAUUUCGUUUACAAAUCUGGUGUCAGUAGAUGAGAGAUUAAUCUAUAAACCACAUCCUGAAAAGCCAGAAAAGUAAGUAAUUGAUUUCUUCAGAGUUUUACUUUAAACCAUGGGUAGGGAAUCUAUGGUCUACAAGCCUAAUUAGGCCCAGCACAGGCCCCAGAUGGGCCCAUGAGGCAAUUUUCCCCAAGCCACACCUACCUGCUUCACUCUUAACAUCAUAUGUGAUAUCAGGUAAGGAACUAGUGCCUACCAUUGCACAGUUCAGAAUGUUAAAAGUGAGCUCCCAUUUUAUCCCACUGGCUGGAUCUGGUUCCCCAUUCUUGCUCUAGACCAGUGGUUCUCAAACCUUUUUCUUUGGGCCACACUUUCAGAAUAAAAUUUUGCUUGCACCACACUGUUUUUUUAAUUGAUAAGAAAUACAUUGGAAAACAAAAAGAAACAACUAACAAUGCGUGAUUUAUAACAUAGAAGACAACUACUUUAUAAUACGGUCAUGGGACAUCCAGAAAGUAUAAAACAAUGCAGCUACAUAGGAACACGAAUCGUUCCCAAAAUAGAGUAGUGAUUGCCCUUUAAUCUUCCUGCCCAACUUGCCAUCCUCCUGCCACACCAGUGGGGUACGCUAUGAGAACCACUGCACUAGACAUUCAUUUAAAUUUAUAGUCUGAGGAUUGUGAGUAGGUGACAUUCAAAAUGACCGAAACAAGCUUUAUUUCUACCAUGGUUUCUUGUAAUGAAUGUAAUCCCAUUUGCUAGGAUUGCUGGCGCUGGGUGUUUUCAGUAAUGGCAUAUUAAUGUCUCUUUAGGUAGGAUAAGAACCUGUUAUGUUAUCGUGCCACCCCUUGACUGUUCUCCUGUUAUUAUUGUCUACUGUCUAAUGUUAAAGGAUAUAGGUGCCUUUGCCUAAGUAAGCCUCAUUCUCAUUUCCUUGUUUCCAUUUUUCUCUUGAUUGCUAUAACUGACGUCAAACAAUUACUCACCUUGAAAACUUGCAGAGCUGUGCACGGCAAUCUGGUUCCGUGGUUGUGUGUAACUGCUCGAUUCCAUGGAAAGGAGGAAAUGACAAAUGGUGCUGUAAGAGUGGUGGUUAAAUUUCUUCCACAGAUUCCCACUCUUACCAUUAAUGUGUACAAUUGUGGAAUAUUGGCAUUUCAGUAUUCUAGAGCAAACUAUUGCUUAAUCUCCUCAUGAUGACUUUGUUUUUGUUUGCUCCAGCUCUUAUAAAACUAUUUGCUCCUUUUUAAAAUAGUUGAUUAGUUAAUAGCAGAGCACCUAACUAUACUUUGACGCAGCUGUGCUAUUUUGGAAUAUGUUACUGCAGUAACAAAAAUUUGAGAAGUAAGUUGGUAAACCAUUAUUCUUUUUUUCCUUAGAACCAUUUUGACCCAAGAAGCAACGAUUUGUGUGAAAGGGGUUAGUGUCAGCAGUUACCUGGAAGGACUAAUGGAGAACACAAUCUCUUCUAAUGCUAAAAAAGUAUGUAGUCAGCUUUUAUGAGGUGUAAAAAAGGGAGAUGGAGAUCUUUUAGAAUUUGCAUGCAAUGCAGUGCUGUUGCAGCUGAGUGAGAACUUGCAGAAUUCCUAGGUCAAAUUGACAGUAAGUGUACUACAUAGUUGUAGACAAAGAACCAAUCACUUAGGCCCUGAUAAUGCAGAAUGGAAAUAAUACUAAUCUACCUUAGUUGGCUGUAACUACCAUGUGGAGAUAGAACCAGUAGACGGUGGGGACCAUGAAGGCUCCAGCUGCAUCUAGAUUGAGAAAUGUGAGUUGAUUGGCUAGUUUAAAGUGUUGGGUUGUCAAUGGGUCUAAUACAUCCAUGAAUGUUCUAAGCCAUAUCAGGGACUCUGGUAAAAAAAAUAAAAAAUCAGGCUUUACAGGUCAAAACCAGUACUUUAAACUGGGCUCAGAAACUAAUUGUCAGCAAUUAGCUGUAGCACUGUGGGUUAAACCACAGAGCCUAGGGCUUGCUGAUCAGAAAGUUGGCGGUUCGAAUCCCCGCAACAGGGUGAGCUCCCGUUGCUCCUGCCAACCUAGCAGUUCGAAAGCACAUCAAAGUGCAAGCAGAUAAAUAGGUACCGCUCCGACAGGAAGGUAAACGGCCUUUCCAUGCGCUGCUCUGGUUCGCCAGAAGUGGCUUAGUCAUGCUGGCCACAUGACCCGGAAGCUGUACGCCGGCUCCCUCAGCCAGUAAAGCAAGAUGAGCAUUGCAACCCCAGAGUCGGUCACGACUGGACCUAAUGGUCAGGGGUCCCUUUACCUGUGGGCCAGGGUUGGUAUUAUGUGCUGAAACCAUCUUGCCCAACCUGGCUGCUGAAUUCUGCCUCAGUUACAGUUUCCAAACAAUCUUCAGAGGCAGCCCCAUAUAUAAUGUGUUGUAGUUAACAGUUAAAUAGUUAACUGCAGUGUAUAUAGGUGAAUUGCAGACUAAAGAGCUCUUUAGCUGGAGGUGAAAAACUCAAAUUCAAAGAGCUUUUUGAGCUCUAGUGUAUUUAGUUCAUUGCCUCACAUAGGAGUUAAUUCCCCAUCUUUCAAAAACCAUUUACUAUGUAGCCUAAGUGAGUUCUGCUCAGGGAAUGAAUCCAAAAGCCAUUGGAAACUGCAGGAAGACAAUAUUAACUCUGCCUUGACCUGAUCUGCCUGACUUGUGAUAAAUACAACCAAAAAAUCCUCUACAAACAGGAAAGUCUCUUGAAAUUGCAUCUAAAACUUAAAUUGCACCUGAUUAAUGCAUCCAGGAAGAGUGUUCCAAAGUCUGGUAGCUUCCACAGAAAAGGCCCUAUUCUCUAGGUGGAAAGGCACGGAAUAGAGCUGCUGUCUAAUAUUAGAGCAGGCAAUCCUUAAACCAUGUGUGGUGUGUUUAUUACAAGGCCUAGCUGGCACUAAAGCAUUAAGUAUUAGGCCAGACAAUUAACUUUAGGUUAGAAUAAAAUUGCUCUGCUUGUAUUUUAUUACUUCAUUUAUGUUACAUACAUUUUUGCAAUGCAGGCUAGAUAUAUUGCAUGUCUCCUCCAUUUCUUGACUAGAUAGGAAAUUAGAACAUUUUUAAUCAAGAUGUGUGUGUUCUCAGGGACGUGAAGCUCUAGAAUGGGUGAUCAACAAACUGAAUGCCGAAAUAGAGGAAUUCACUUCUUCAGCAAGAGGAAACAUGAGGUCUUCUAUGGCAGCCGCAGCCUUUAUGGAGAAAUAAAAUAUAGCUAUAUUUGUCUAUAUCAGGCCUGAACAUAUGAAGCAAGCUGUUGUAAACUUCCUUCAAGAUGGAAAUAUUUAUUCUUCUAUCUAUUGAAAAGAAAGAAGACCUGUAGAUUAGAUUUUUCAAUUAAAAACCUGGAGAGAAGUUGCAUACGUUCAUACAUGAAGGUAGUAGGCAGGACUCAGUUCCGUUCAACUGUAUUACUUUCAGCUGAAAUAAUCUGAACUUUCAAUUCCUGCAAACACAGGAAGUAUCUUAAAGUUACAACCUAUAAUAGGCCUCCAAUAGAACAAACUGGAAGGUUAAUCUAUUGUUAACCCCAUCUUUGAUAGAAUUCAGGUUUUCCUAGACUCUGUUACUUUUGGGACCCAAAUUAAGAUGAAUUAUCCUGGGCACAGUAGCUUGGGUAGUUGGCAGAACAUUGGUUAUUACUUGAAAUAUGAUUGUUUAUAUUAAAAUGCUGCUUUGUAUGCUGCUGUCAUGAGUGUUACAAUUUGCUAACAUGAAAAGUGUGGUACAUAGCAUUUGUUCCCUUACCUUAAAGCUUUGCUCUGUUUAAGAAAUGCUUCAUAAUUUUGAAGGAUUAACCAGCUAAAGAUUUGUACUAGGCAAAUUAUGAGUUUGGCAGAAGCUGCAUGAUAUAUAACUAAGGGGGUAAAUUUGUUCAGAAAUCCACUAUUUUAGUUUUGUAGAUCGACUUCAAAAAGGUACUGUAACAGUUGCAAAAUGUAAUUUUGUUAUAUGCUCAUUCUUUGGUUUUGCAGCUUCAAGAAACUGGAAGUAAUAUAAAUAUGUAAACUCUGAGAUAGAAGUAUUUGUUCCAUUUCAAGUGUACGGUAACAUUGUUAAAUGAAUUGCAUAAUGAUUUAUAUGCUUGCUCAGCAGGACAUCAUGGACUAUUAACAUUUCUUAAAUAGUAAUUUGUGCUUCUGUCUCCUAUAAGGAACAAAAUGUGACAGGUUGCUUAAUCUUGUCAGUAUUCUUUAAUUCCAUAUCUAAAAUAAUGGUGAGAUUGCAAUAUUCUUCCUGUUCUUCACAGAGGAAUAUUUCUAGAGGUGAAAGUUGAGAAUGGAAUACAAAACCCAAACGGAAGGCUUUAUAACAUGGAUAUUGUGUGAAAUAAAAAUAGCAGUGGAAACAGAGUAGUGCUGUUGUAGAGGAGGGCCCAUUAAAAUUUCUGUAUAAGGUACCUUUCAUAUGAAGGACUGAAGAGGUAGAAGCCUAUUAUCUCCCUGAAGAUACUACACCAAGUAGUAAUUGGCAUAACUAAUGGGUUGCAAGUUCAUUUUGCAAUCUCUAAUUCUGUAGAUCUCAUUUAUAUAUUGAGAACAGUUACAGAAGUGUGCUUGUGCAUGCAAUUUUCUAUGCCAUAUGAGCAUAUGUCAGUAAUACAGAACUAGCACUAGUUUUGAGUGCUUAUUUAGAUAGAAAUGUAUCCUUGAAUCUUCGAAUGGGGGAAAGCGGAAGGAAGAAAACCUGUGAAUAUGCCUAAGGUUACAAAUGUUUACUUGCAUAUUUAAAUUUUAAAUAUUUUUGUACUUUUUCUUUAUUGCAUUUGUAAAAGCAUCAGUUUUUUUUAUAUAUUUGAGAAUGUUCUUAACUUAAUUAAAACGUUGUCAAUGUUUGAUAUUCAAAACUGUGUUUUAAUUUUGGUGCAUAGUAACUGUUGUGAUAAAAAAAGUCACAGCAUUUAAAUAUUGAGUAAUUAUUUCAAAGCUUGUAUAUUUUAUCUUUAAUUUGCUAUGAUCGUUUUCAUAAUUUGAGAGGAAUUUUGGGAAUGGAGAUUAGAAUUCUUAGGUGUUAGGCCUGCAAAAGCCUGUGCAAACUUUACUGUCUAGAGCAGAUGUUCCUAAACUUUGGUAUAACAUGCUCUUUCUACUGAAGUAUAUGCUGAGCGUAUGCAAUAUUCUUCUUAAAAAGUCAUCCCCAACCUUCUUCAGCCCUUGGAAAAUGCUUAUGUGCAGAUCAUCCCCUCUUUCUUGCAUGCUACUUUUUCAUUUUAGGGAAGAAAAAAGCACAGCAGCAAAGAGGAUGGUGUCAGAGUUGCAGCUGUGCUCAGAUUAGUUUCUCUUACAUGCCUUGUGAUUUCCGAAAUCAACAGAAGCUACCUUCUUAAAAUUUACCAAAGUGUACAUUUCAUUAGAGCAAUCAGCAAUCAGUCAUCACUGUAAUUCCUGUCCCAGUCUUCUUGUCUCAUGAGGAAAAUGUUAUGUUAUGGCAGUGGGGCAGCCACAUAGGUAUGCUCUAUAAGGCAGGGGUUAAUUUGGAAAGAAACAGAAGAGGGAAAUAGGCAGGGGGCAAGACUGUAUGGAGAAUUGGCAGCCACACAAGCAUCUUCUGUGCUUCCUGUUAACCUGGAUACAAUAGAAAAUUCAUGGAUGGUUGCUCAGAGAUAACAGGUAAUUCUCUCUUUAUGCUAAUAGCUUUAGCAUAAGUUUCAUUGCAGGUGGGGGGGUGGGGAGAAGAGAACUUUCACCCGUGUCAUGGUCCUGAUCUGGAUCAAAGCCCUUGUGGCUUCUAUUUUAAAAAGAAAAUUUGCACACCUGCAAAAAUGAGGGCACCAUGCUAAGCUCGGCCAGUCUAAUGGCGGAUGGAAAGUGAUAGGAGAGAGUUGUCAUUCAUUGCUGAUGAAGCUUUUGCUCUAGCACACAGAUGGGGGUGGUGGCCCUUGAGAUGUUCUUAUGCUAUGAUUCCUAUCGUCUGUAACCAUUGGCCAUAUUGGCUAAGGCUGAUGAGAUUUCGAGUCCAGCAACGUCUUGGGGGGGGGCACAGGUUCUCCACCUCUGCUCCAACACGAGCACUGCUGACCACAGCCUCAUGAUAUUACCUCUGGUGUUGGCUGACUGGUGACCUCAGGACUCUGCAUCCAGGCCAACAAUUUGCAGUCCUACUUGAGAGUAAGGGGUUCCAUCAAGUAAUUCGAUGUCCUCAUUACAAUGACUUCCAAAUAAAAGCUGAUAUCGAAAGACGAUGAGAGCAACACCCAAUCAUCUCUGUAUUAGGGACUCUACUUGCCCUACAACAUUCCUAGAUACACAGUUAAUUUUAAAAGGUAAAGUGGGAGCAGGAAGAAAAGAUUAAGAUGUCACAGGCUGGGAUGGAAAACAUAGGACCAGGUGAUGAAGAGAGGAAUCCACUUAGCUGUAGAGCGAGGAGCAAUAAUGCAUUAUUGGAUGGGGAAAGAGAGGCAGUUAUCCGAGACUUCUCCCAAGCAGGUGGUUCCUAGCAAUACUUGGCAAUUUAUUUUCUGCUGUAAGCUCCAAACAAGUGCAAUCAACUUCCAAUGCUUCAAGGCUCUAGUGAUUUUCUGAAAUGUAUACAAUACAUCCUGUUCAGUCUAUGCCAGCAGAAAUGACAGAGCCACCUGCCUUUACCUACUAAGUAAGCACUGCAAGGGGGACCCUGAACUGUUUCCAGCUCAAAUUGGUUGCUGGGUUUGCAUUUUCCCCUCUUCCCUCCACUCCUUUUGAGUCAUGCCUUCUAGAUCGUAAACCUGCAGGCAAGGAUUGUCUUGUUUUAAUUAUGUAAGCCACUCUGCAAAGAGUGGUGUACAAAUGUUCUUAAUAGUAAUACUAAAUGAUGAUGAUAAUUAAUAAAUAAUACAAGCUUC